CUCUCCACCGAGUGCGCCCGCCCCCCUCUCUCUCUCUCUCUCUCAUCAGAAUUGGGCGGGCUCCGAGACGGCCGCGCCGGUCGCAUUGCACGAUCGAGGAAAAAAAACAUUCAGGCCGGGAAGCAGGUAGGUCGAGAGGGGAGGAGGAGAAUGCAGCAGCAGAUGGCGGCGACGGUGGAGGAGCAGAUGAUGGUGAAGGCCAUCAGGGAGGAGUCGCCGUGGGAAGCCCUCCCCAAGCGCAUCCAGGCAGCGCUCGUCUCCAAGGAGGAAUGGCACCGCAGGAUUGUGGAUUAUUGUAUACGUAAAAGGUUGCCGUGGAGCUCCUGUUUUGCCCGAAAAAUAUGCAAAGAAGGAGAAUAUUAUGAGGAUCUGAUGCGCUAUCUCCGCAAAAAUCUUGCAGUAUGUUGUCCAUAUUUUUCUUCCUCCUUAAUUACUCAACAAUUUUAUGAUAACUUGCAGAGAAAAGAAAAGGAUGUAUCCUGUUUUGCUGACAUCUAGUUUAGAAGCUAGUUCUACCAGUAACUGACAAAUUUAUACUGAAAUAGCAGA